AUGUGCUACAAGUACCUCAACGGCGAGUACGCGUGCAAGAAACUCAAGCGCUGUACCGAAAAGUACGAGCCGUUUAUCGUCUACUGCCAAAAUGCCAAGGAAGAAGGACAGUACUGCAAAGAUGUCAAACCGAUCCAGAAGCCAAUCAUUAUCCCAGUCGAGUGCAGCCGCCACAACCAGGUACGACUAGACCAGUUCAAGAAGCUGUUCAACCGAAUGUUCAAAGAAGAUGUUAUUCAGUGGGCGAAAGUCGGAAUGCUUCCGAAUUUCGACAAGGAACGGAAGGCCGCAUUGACAGACAUCUUCGAACCGACAGAGCUCUCUGAAGCAUACGAAAGCGCGAAAGAUACCUAG